CAGAUUGAUCUGUAACUGAACAGUCAAUCCCCGUUAUCACAAGAAGUUGCAACAGACGCCGAUCAUCGCAAUCCAAAUUACGAUGCGCGGCCUGAAUUUAUUUGUGGUUAGUUUUUUAGCUAGCGUUCUAACAGCUGCCGGUCAAAAUAGAAUCGUUUGCUACUUUGGCAGCUGGGCGAAUUGGCGCCCGGGAAACGGUAGAUUUGUAACAUCUGAUAUAGACACGUCUCUCUGUACGCACGUCAUCUGGUCCUUCGCCACCCUCCAAGGAAAUCAGAUCGUCGCACCGAAUGCUGACGGAGUCAAUGGACUCCGCGAAUUCACUCAACUACGAAGGAGAAACCCAGGAAUUAGACUACUCAUUGCCAUUGGAGGAGCAACAGACAGCCAAGGACCCAAGUACUCCAGAAUGGUGUCUUCUCCUGGCUCCCGAGGACAGUUCAUCAACAGCGUCAUUGCUCUCUUGAGACGCUACAGAUUCGACGGCUUCGAUCUCGACUGGGAAUACCCUACCCUCAACGGCGGUGCACCUUCUGACCGCCACAACUUCGUCCUCCUCCUGAGAGAAAUGAAAGAACGGUUCAACCGAGAAGGCGGAUUUCUCCUUACCGCAGCUGUUGGUGCUGGCGCGUGGACUGCAUCACAAGCCUACGAUAUCCGAGCGAUAAGUCAGCAUUUGGACUUCAUCAAUCUCAUGACGUACGACUUCCGCGGAUCCUGGGAACGUAGAGCAGGACAUCAUGCCGCACUUCGUGGAGAUCUCUCAGUGGAAUCUAGUGUCAGAUACUGGCUGGACCGCGGAUGUCCCAGGGAAAAGCUAGUCGUUGGAGUCCCGACUUACGGAAGGACUUGGACUUUAGCAAAUCCGAAUAACAAUGCUCCAGGGGCUCCAGCCUCUUCAGCAGGUCAGCCUGGGCCUUACAUGCGGGAGGCUGGUAGCCUAGGGUACAACGAACUCUGCGAGCAGAUUCGCAGGGGCCAGUGGAAUCUUCGUUUCGAUGGGGGGGCCCGAGCCCCCUACGCGUUUAGAGGGAACCAGUGGGUCAGUUAUGAUAGUGUCGGGUCAGUCACAGAGAAGGCCCAUUUCAUCAGACAACAGCGGCUCGGUGGAGCAAUGAUUUGGAGUAUCGAAACCGAUGACAAGAACGGCGCUUGCGGUCCCAGAUUCCCGAUUCUCAGGGCUCUCAACGCAGUCCUUAGAAGAUGA